CAGUAAUCAAAUAUGGCGGUUGUCGUCAGUCAAACUUGAUUCUUUUCGGCAGUUGUUCAUGCACUUCGUUUCUUCGAGGUAAAAAAGAAACAAAAAAAACAUGGCUUCAAUUUUUCGGGCUUCUCUCCGCCCGUUUUUUCGAGCUGUUGAUCAAACAUUCUUUCCAAGAAGCUGUCCCGUGCGUUGGAAAUCUGCAUCGUCACAAGCUCAGGUUAGUUACGCAGGCAUCAACGAUGACAUAAGAGGAGCCUUUGAGCACAUAGUAGGUGGAAAAAAUGUUUCAUCUGCAAUGGUUGUAAGGGAACAACAUGGGAAAGAUGAAUCACACCACAAAUGUCAUCCUGCGGAUCUUGUUGUGUGGCCAACUAACAGAGAACAAGUCAUCCAAGUGGCCAAGCUCUGUAAUGAUUAUUGUAUUCCAUUGAUUCCUUUUGGAUCUGGAACAGGCCUGGAGGGAGGUGUUGUUGCAAAAAAGGGUGGUGUCAGUGUUGACAUGACAAAAAUGAAUGAAAUUCUUGAGGUGAAUGCAGAAGAUUUUGAUGUCACAGUACAAGCAGGUGUUACAAGGAAUCAGCUAAACAAUUAUGUGAGGGACACAGGGCUGUGGUUUCCUGUUGAUCCAGGAGCGGAUGCCAGUUUGGGUGGUAUGGCAUCAACAAGUGCAUCUGGAACAAAUGCAGUCAGGUAUGGGACCAUGAGAGAGAAUGUUAUGAACUUGGAAGUAGUUUUAGCAGAUGGAAGAGUUGUCAAUACUGCUGGAGAAGGGCGAAGAACUAGAAAGACAUCCGCUGGAUAUAACCUUACAAACUUGUUUGUGGGUUCUGAGGGUACCUUGGGAAUUAUCACAAAAGUGACACUAAGGUUGUAUGGGAUACCAGAAUCGACAGCUUCGGGAGUGUCAUCAUUUUCUGACGUCAAGUCAGCUGUGGAUGCUGUGGUAGAAAUUCUACAGAGUGGCAUUCCCAUGGCUCGUAUUGAGUUUCUUGAUGAUGUGCAGAUUGAUGCUUGUAACAAGUUCUCAGGACUGAAUUACCCUGUAACUCCAACACUGUUCUUGGAGUUUCAAGGGUCAGAGAAUGGGGUCAAGGAGCAAGCCUCUGUCGCAGGUGAGAUUAUUGAAAGUAAUGGUGGGUCUAAGUUCCAGUGGGCCACAGAAAUUGAAGAGAGAAAUAAAUUGUGGAAGGCACGACACAAUGCAUGGUAUGCUGACAUGGCUCUUAGACCUGGUUGUAAGGGAGUAUCAACAGAUGUCUGUGUACCCAUCUCACGACUGCCAGAGAUUAUCGUGGAAACUAAAGAAGAUAUCAUGGCUUCUAACUUAAUUGCCCCUAUUGUUGGGCACGUGGGCGAUGGAAACUUCCAUUGUUUUAUUCCCGUAAAACCGGAUGACGAGGAAGAACUCCGGGUAGCGAAGGAAUUCACCCUCAGAUUAGGAAGACGAGCCCUUGCCAUGGGAGGCACGUGUACUGGAGAACAUGGUGUUGGGUGUGGCAAGCAAGCUCUGUUACCUGAAGAGAUUGGUGCAACGGGUGUGCAAGUCAUGAAAGACAUAAAGAACUUGUUCGACCCGAAUGGGAUUAUGAACCCUGGAAAAGUAUUCAUAUAAAAAAGGCGAUCUCUCGUGUUACACACAACGAAACAUAGAAACAAACUAAAGUUAUACAUAAGCAUAAACGAGAGGAAAUAAAUGAGUGAUUACCAGUUGUUUUAAACUGGAUAAAUGAUCGCUGAUCACUAGACUCCGUUCUGAGUAUAAGUUAUACCUCUUACUAAGUAAUUCUUCUUUUCUUACUUAUCCAGCAAAAGUUACCAAACGUGAAAUAGAUUUAAAGAUUACGGAAGAGAUAUGCAUAUAGUCAGAGAGGUGUUGUUUAAAAUUAGUGUCCGUAAAUCAACUGUGUAACUUUUGUGUUCUUUAGAGGGGUAAAUGUUUUCCAAGUUCCGAAAUGACUAUCAAUUGAUUACUAGCUACCGUAAUUUCAAGGCGACUAAGUUAACUCUUUAACUCCCAAGAUCUCAUUAGUAAUUCUCCUUACUGUCUGCCAUACAGUUCUCAUGAUGUUAGUUUGGAGAAUUUGGUAUUGGAUCAGCUUAUAAUCCCCUAACUGAUAUUUUUCUCUAUUCUCAUCACUUGUCUGCUUGAUAUUGUAAUGAUAUUGUGAGGAGAAAUUCUGUCUUGGUCGUUCAUGGGAGUUAAAGGGUUAAAAGGUUUAUGUAAACCAGCGCACAAGAAUCGAAAGAAAUGGCUUUUUUCCGUGGAGCUUUUGUACACUUAAAUGGUUAUCGCCUUUAGAAAUAUGUAAAAAAAAACAAAAGACAAAAGCAAACAAACAAACGAACAUUUAAGUACUCUAUUUAUCCUGGUGACAGAGGGGAAAAAGAAA